AUGUCAGCACGAAAAUAUAUUCAUAAUGAAGAAAAUUUAACAAAUAAAUGUUUAUCAUCAUAUUUAGAAAUUGUGAUUGAUGAACAGUCAGAUAGUAAUUCAAUGGAUGAUGAUUUUAAUAGCGAAACUAGCAACUACCUGAAUACUAGUAUUACAAAUGAUGGUCAUGUGACUAAUCAACGACAAAAAAAAACUCCAAGACCACAUCGAUUAAUUGAAAAACGACGUCGCGAUCGAAUGAAUCGUAGUCUUGAUGUUUUAUUAGAAUUAAUUCCUCAUAAAAAACCUGAAAAUCAAAAACGUGUUGAAAAAACUGAAAUUAUUGAAAUGGCAAUAAAAUAUAUUCGUAAUUUAGUAUCAUCAACUCGAAAAUCUUCUGAACAAUCAAAUAUAGAAAAACAAUCAACAUUGAAUGCUUAUCGUUCAGGAUAUCAUAAUAGUUGUUGUGAUAUAUAUGAAUAUCUUGAAAAAUAUUCAAAUAAUGAUCGAUUUCUUGGUGAUUUUAUUCGAUUUAUUAAUAGAAAAGAAAUUCAAUUGAAAGAUUUGACUAUUCUACCUGAUAGAAUAGCGCAUAUAAAACCCAAGAAACAAUCUCCACACAGAAGCUGUGAUAUCUUAAAUUCUAAUGGUAAUAUAUGUUCGACAUCUGAUCGAGAUACAAUCGAAAAUCAUUUAUCAAUUAAUGAACAACGUAAAUCAAUUGAAGCACCUAAAGUACCAAUAUUUGUUUUACAUCCAUCAGGUACACAUUAUAUUCCAAUGUGUAUUGAUUCAUCGAUUGUUUCACGUGCAUUUAAUAAUCAAUCGAAUAUAUCUCGAUCAUCAUCGAUAACUGAACAACCUCAAUGUCAUCCCGUAUCAAUACCUGUAAAUUUUAAUCCAGUGCCUGCUAUAUCAGAUCCAUAUGAACUUGAGAUACAAAAUAUAAAUGUUAUCGGUACGAGACAUCAAACAAGUGUAAGACCUAAUUGA